GCUGAUUCAAUCGACUUCUCUUCCUCCCGAAACGACGACUUCUCUUCUCUCCCCUUAGGGAUGACGUCAGCCCAGGAGAAACGAACGAUGAAGAAACUCUCCAGGGGAGAGCUCGAGGAACGCUACAUGUCCGUCCUGGACGAGAACGUCUUCCUCAAGAAGCACACGCGAAACCAGGAAGAAAGAAUCAAAAAGCUAGCCGCCAAGAUGCUGCGCCUGUCGCAGGACGCGAAGAAGACCCAGCUGGCCCCGGGCGAGUCGGGCGGGCUCGCCCUCCACGACACGGAGGAGGCGAAGCGCCGGAUCCUCGUGCUGGAGCAGCAGAAGGGCCAGCUCGUCGCGCGGAUGAAGGCGAUGAAGCACCAGCUGGGC